AUGGGUUUGAAAGAUGAAAGUAAGGAGCUGAAUAUAUUGCUUGCAGAGGUUAAACUCAAGAACGUACCCCUCUUGAUAUUUGCGAAUGAUAGAGGCCUGGUACAAGCCCUUCCUACUGAUGAGGUUAGUAUUCCAUCUAUUUAAGAUCUUAGAUAGUUUGAAAUUAAAUAAAAUCACUGAUAGACAAUGGUCUAUCUGCCCAUGUUCAGCGGAAACUUUAGAAAGAUUGCAAGAAGGAAUGGAAUGGUUCAUUAAGACUGUUUAAGAUAAAUGA